AUGGUUGCUGCUGAUAAUGAUGGAAUAACAAAAAUAAAAAGUUGCCUAUAUUAUUACCAGUAUGGAGAUCGAGAAGCGAGUGAGUUGUGGUCCCACCUGCAGUUGAAGAUACCACAAUAUUUUUCAGGUGUUGAAGUGUUCCCAUCCCUCCUCCAUGGUGACCUGUGGAGUGGCAAUACAGCAGAGAUGGCAGAUGGCCCAGCACCCCGACCAAUUCAAGCCACAAGCCAUCCCUGCUCCUCAUCAUAUGAAGUGAAAUGGAACAGGCAACAAGAUAUUCCAUGCAGGAGAGGAUCAAGAUAGUAGAGGUCUACUUUGUGAUGAAAUCAGUUGUCCAAACUCAACGACAAUUUUGGAGGGACUUUCCAGGGAGAAACGCUCCAACCAGACUCACAAUAAAGCGCCUCCUGGACAAAUUCAGGGAGAUGGGAAGUGUACAGGAUAAUAUUGAAGGUCACAGUGGCUGGCCACGAUCAGUCAGGACAGAAAAUAACAUUGUGACUGUGAGAUGGCAUUUGGAGCAGUCUCCAAGGAAAUCUACAAGAUGUUUGUCCCAGGAGACUGAUCUUUCAAGGAGUUCAGUUAUGUGCAUAAUGUGCCAGGAUCUUCACCUGUUUCCAUAUAAGAUACAGAUGUUACAACAUCAGAUUGAUGCAAAUAACGCUGAGAAACGUGCCUUUGGGCAAACCAUCAAUCAGAGAACUGAAGACCAUCUUGAUUUCUUAGACUUAUUUAUUUAUUUUUUUCAGUGACGAGGCAAAUUUCCACCUUAGUGGUCACAUGAACAAAUAGAAUAUGUGCUCUUGGGCUAUGUGGCUUAGUCUCAUGAACAUCAGUAUUGCUCACUUAAUGUGGAGAAAGUGACUGUUUGGUGCGCUUUGGGUCGUAAUGGCAUUAUCGGGCCAUGUGGUUCGAGGAUGCUGAUACACGUCCAGUAACUGUGAACACAGAGCAGUACAUUGGUAACUGUGAACACAGAGCAGUACAUUGGUAACUGAACACAGAGCAGUAAUGAGAAGAAAAUUCACUGAGGCACAAGCGAGGAGUGGACGUGGAUACUGUGAUUUAUCAGCAGGAUGGAGUAACACUGCAUUGCCCCGAUGCUUUACUGGAAUACCUCCAUUGCUACUUCCCUGAAGACAGGCUCAUCUCCUGUUGUACAGACCACCUGCACAUUCUCCAGACCUGUCUCCUUCAGAUUAUUUUCUGUGGGGAUACCUGAAAGACAGGGUCUAUGCUAACAAUCCCCAAACUAUUGCUGUGCUCAAGAAUAACAUUCAAACAGAGAUUAAGAGAAUUCCCCAUGACAUGUUGGACAGGGUCAUUAGAAACUUCAAUGUGAGAGUAGCCACAGUGAUUCAGCACCAAAGAGCUUGGAUUGAGCACAUUAUAAACUAUUGAGCUGUGCUCACAAAAUGGUGGUAUACGGGGAAAAAAAUUAAACCACAAAAAACUUACAUGUCUGUAAGACAGGUCUAUGACAAAAACUGUAAAGUUUUCUUUUCAAUAAUAAAGGCUACUUUAUCACA